AUGGUGAUUAUAGCCUUCCCUCUACUCAAUGCUUAUACGUUUACUGAAGAAGAACUGACUGGUUUUAAAUUUAUGGAUGGUGCGAUAGGUGGACUACUUGGAGUUAUCGGUUGGCCUUUGGCUCCUUUUCUAGCAUGUUAUGGUGUUUUUCAAGUAUUAUUCAAUGAAGGACCUUCAGAACCAUUACCUAUUCCUCAACAUGUCAAAGAAGCUGCCAAAAGAUCCAUUGGUUUAAAUUGUGAACAAUUCUAUAAUGUGGCAGUUGUUGGUGUCUCAGGCACUGGAAAGAGCUCAGUAGUGAAUGGGAUUAUGGGUUAUAGGGAUCAUGACAAGGAUGCUGCUGCUACAGGAGAAAGUGAAACUACCAAGAAGCCAAGAGCUUAUCGACAUCCUGAUUUACGAUCCAUGGUAUUAUGGGAUAUGCCUGGUGCCAAUACAAUGAAUCAUCCUGCAAGUACUUAUUUUGAAGACAAAUUUUUAUGUGCUUUUGAUUCUCUCAUCAUUGUCACUGCGGAAAGGUAA